CUAACUAAAUCAGUUCUUGAUGGCUAUAAUGUUUCUAUCUUUGCUUAUGGUCAAACUGGUACUGGUAAAACUCACACAAUGCAAGGAAAUGGAGAUGAAAUUGGUAUUCAACAAUAUAUUUUACAAGAUUUAUAUAAUCACAAGAAUAAGGAUAAGGAUAUGUAUAAUAUGACAAUUGCAUUGAGUUGUAUGGAAAUUUACAAUGAAACUUGUAUUGAUUUACUCAGAAGUCAAGAUAACAAAUUAGAACUCAAGAUGGAUCCACAAAAUAAGAAAAUUAUUGCUCAGGGAUUAAGAGAAGUAGUUUGUAAUGAAUUACAGGAAGCUUUGCAAUGUUUGAUUUUCGCUCAAAAGAAUAGAGCUGUUUCAUCUACAAGUCAAAAUCAUAGAUCCUCAAGAUCUCACCUUAUUGUGCAAAUUUCUGUUUGCAAAAUGUUCCUUAAACACCCAGAAGCUAACAGUGAAGAAGAACAACAAAAUAUUACGCCAACCUGUACAACAUCUCAAAUGUACUUGAUUGACUUGGCUGGUAGCGAGAAGAUCAACACCAGUGGUGCAAGCAAUCCAAUUACUGACAGUGAAACAAAACAUAUUAACAAAUCUUUAUCUGCUCUUGGCAAUGUUAUGGAAGGAUUAAGAAACAGAAGUGCUAAACCUGGACAAAAUGCUCACAUUCCUUACAGGGAUACAAAAUUGACAUACUUUAUGAGUAAUGUUUUUAGAGAUAAGCACUCGAUAUGCUGUAUGAUUCCUCACGUUGCUCCAAGCUCUUUAUGUUUCAAUGAAUCUUUGAGAACACUUCAAUUUGCUGAAAGAAUGAGUGGAAUAGCUCUUAACAAUGUAAAUCAAUAA